AUGGCGACCCAACUUGUUACUCUGCCAGAAGUGGAACGAUUAAGUUCAUCCGUGUUGAGGAUCUUGGGCGGCAACCCGGGCAAGUUUACACUUCAGGGCACAAACACAUAUCUGGUCGGGCAAGGCCAUCAGCGCAUUCUCAUCGACACGGGCGAAGGCAGGCCAUCCUGGGCAUCUCAUCUCAAACGUGUACUUGCGCAGGAGAAUGCAACUGUACACCAGGCCCUGCUAACUCACUGGCAUCACGAUCAUGUCAGAGGUGUACCGGAUCUCGUGGAGCUUUGCCCUAAUGUGACCAUCUACAAGCAUGAACCUGGACCUGGCCAGAGCAGUAUCGAGGAUGGGCAGGUCUUUAGCGUAGAGGGCGCAACCCUGCGGGCGUACCACACGCCGGGCCAUACGGUAGACCAUAUGAUGUUUGUGCUCGAGGAGGAAGACGCCGUAUUCACGGGGGAUAAUGUAUUGGGACAUGGAACCAGCGUGUUCGAGGACUUACGAGAUUACGUGAGUAGUCUACAGAGGAUGCAGAAUCGGGUUUCUGGCCGCGGAUACCCCGGCCAUGGGGCGGUGAUUGACAAUGCAACGUCCAAAAUCUCCGAGUAUAUCAAGCAUCGCCAGCAGAGGGAGGAUGAAGUGAUGCGAGUCCUGCGUUACGGACAGCCCGAUGUUGUCGAUGGCGAAUCAUCAAUCCCCCAGGAGAGAACAUUUUGGACUCCCCUGGAGCUGGUGAAAGUGAUCUACAAAGACGUCCCGGAGAACCUGCAUUUACCGGCUUCCCAUGGCGUACAGCUUGUGCUACAGAAGUUGGAGGAUGAUGGUCGAGUGGUUCAUGACAGGGAUCUGAAUGCAUGGAGCCUGGAGCGUGGCAAAUCCCCGCUUUGA